AUGGCUGAAACGCCGGCAUCUCCGAUCACUGGAUCCGUUGCUCAUCCGGUGCUGCUGUCGGAUUCGGCGGCGAAAGACGUGAUGAUCACGUGGUUUCGCGGGGAAUUCGCGGCGGCGAACGCCAUAAUAGAUGCGCUGUGCGGACACAUGAUCGGAUCUGGGGAGGAAUACGAAGGAGUGAUGGCAGCGAUUCAUAGGAGGAGGCUGAACUGGAUCCCAUUGCUGCAGAUGCAGCAGUACCAUUCUAUCUCCCAAGUCACGCUCCAGCUCCAAGCUGCCACGGCGGCCAAGAUCCAUCACAAACUCCUCACUCAUCCACAACAACAACUUAAUCACGACGAUGAUUCUCCCUCCAGCGACGUCACUGAUUCCGGGUCUCGAGAAGAGGAGCGCGUGGAGGAGGCGAUGACAAUAUGUUGGAAGCACGAGGAAGAAUGUGAAGCACUCAUGGAGCAGUCCAAGCGUUUCUCGGCCAAGGAACAUACGAAUGUUGUGAAAGGGCUUAAACUGUACGAACAUGUCUUCACUGCAACACAACUCUCCAAGCUUCUGGAUUAUGUGAAUGGGCUCCGAGAGGCUGGUCGGAAUCAGGAACUUUCAGGGGACACGUUUGUUCUGUUCAACAAAAACACGAAAGGAACCAAGAGAGAGCUUAUUCAGCUUGGAAUUCCCAUUUUCGGGAACACCACGGAUGAACACUCAGUGGCUCCUAUCCCAAUCCUUCUUCAAAGUGUGAUCGAUCAUCUUCUUCAGUGGCGCGUGAUUCCUGACUACAAACGACCCAAUGGCUGUGUGAUCAACUUCUUUGAUGAGGAGGAACACUCCCAACCAUUCCAGAAACCACCUCACGUGGAUCAACCCUUAUCCACCCUUGUCUUGUCUGAAUCAACCAUGGUGUUUGGACACAGACUCGGGGUCGACAAUGAUGGCAACUUCAGAGGCUCACUCACUCUGCCACUAAAGGAAGGAGCUCCACUGGUGAUGCUAGCUCCGGCUCCCAGGAGGCUAGACGCCGGCACUGGAGUUUUCUUGCCGUGGACGCCGCCCGUGUCAAAAAAACCAGCCAAGCAUCUCCCUCCGCGCGUCCAGAGACUUCGUCUCCUAUCAUCAGCCAAGUCGGUGGCAGACCGUGAAUCCUCACAGCCCGAGAUCGGAAGAAUGCGUAGAAGGGAGGAUGAUGACAGCAGCAGCUCUCUGCGGCCUCCGGGCAUUUGCCGCCGGCUGUUUAGAUUUGUGGUGGCUAAACUUGGGAUAUUGGGAGAGAAAGAAGAGAUGAACGAAGAAAAGCGUGAGAGGAACAAACUGAUCAAGAAGGGAUCAAGGUCCGAUAUCACUAUUCAUUUCAAGCAAAUAGAAGACUCGGAGGAACACAGCAAAAGCAAGAACAACUCCCCUGGCUCGUCAAGUCAAGAAUCAGAGAGAGAGACAGUGAUCACGCUGGCUAAUGGGAUUAAAGGACCAAAGAAGAGGUUAGAUGACAAAGGGAAGAGGAGCUUGCUGAGUGAGCCGAGCCACAAGCAACAAAUCACCCAGCCCGAAGCAGGGAAAGCACCGCAGCCUCAUAGACGUCUGAGGCCCCUUCUAAAUGACAUAAAUAAGAAAUCAGAUGCUUUUAUCGAGAGGACACUCGAGAAGAUGAGAAAAAGCUUAGCCUAG